UUAGAGUGUACCUUUAAAGUAUAUAUACUUAAAAAAGAACAUAUGUAUAUAUACACAUAUAAAUAUGUAUAUCUUCCUUAAUGAGGAGAAACUUGUUUAGAAGUCUAGGACUAAUAGAGUCUAGGUAUUCUGAAAUUUCAGAGUGAUCAUAUUCGUAAGUGGGGAUUUGAAGUCCUCUUUUUUUAAAAUAGAGAAACUUCAAUAAUCAGAGCUGUUGAAUAAUUAGAAGUAGAAAAAUAUUAUUCUUCAAAAUUCUUUUGUGGAUCGAAAGAUGCUUAUUGUCAGGUUGGAUGAACCCCAGUAUUUCUGACCUCACAUUUCAUCUCCGCUUCCUGUUUCCCAGGGGCUGAGGAAGGGGAGACGUGGCAGAGGAAUCAGUCCUCUCUGGCAGACUUCGUCCUGGAAGGGCUGUUUGAUGACUCUCUCGCCCACCUUUUCCUUUUCUCCUUGACCAUGGUGGUCUUCCUUAUUGCUGUGAGUGGCAACACCCUCACCCUUCUCCUCAUCUGUGCUGAUCCUCGGCUUCAUACACCCAUGUACCUCCUCCUCAGCCAGCUCUCUCUCAUGGAUCUGAUGCACGUCUCUACAACCAUCCCCAAGAUGGCGACCAACUACCUAUCUGGCCAGAAGUCCAUCUCCUUUGUGGGCUGUGCGACCCAGCACUUCCUCUAUCUGACUCUGGGUGGGGCGGAGUGUCUUCUUCUAGCUUUCAUGUCCUACGACCGCUAUGUUGCCAUCUGUCAUCCCCUGCGCUACACUGUUCUCAUGAGCAGAAAGGUGACGCGAAUGAUGGCUGCCAUGUCUUGGUUGGGAGCAUCGCUGAAUUCCCUAAUUUUCACGGCAAGCUUGAUGCGCUUCCCUUUCUGCGGGCCUCGGCAAAUCCACCACUUCUACUGUGAGUUUCCAGCUGUCGUGAAGCUGGUAUGUGGCGACAUCACUGUGUAUGAGGCCACAGUGUACGUCAGCACCCUCCUCCUCCUCCUUCUCCCCAUCCUCUUGAUUUCUGCAUCCUAUGUCUUCAUCCUCCACAGUGUCAUUCAGAUGCGUGCAGCUGGGAGUAAGAGAAAUGCCUUUGCCACUUGCAGCUCUCACCUCACUGUGGUUUCCCUCUGGUUUGGUGCUUGCAUCUUCUCAUAUAUGAGGCCCAGGUCCCAGCGCACUCCACUGCAAGACAAAGUUGGUUCUGUGUUCUACAGCAUCAUCACUCCCACAUUGAAUCCGUUGAUUUAUACUCUCCGGAAUAAGGAUGUAGCUAAGGCUCUGAGGAGGGUGCUGGGGAGAGACCUUAUCACUCAAAGAUCGCAAGUGCAGUUAUCCUGGGUACAUUAGUGGAAUUCCUAUCAGCUCCUUAAAUUGUUCUUUGUAAACUGCAAUGAUUUUUUCAAGGGUCCAGAGCCUUGAAGAUUAUUGCCAAAUUGAAGUGGUUAACAACAUUUUCAGUAUUCUCACUUGCUCUCAGGUAUCGACGCCCCUUACAGUACUCUCUUAGUCCAUUUGGGCUGCUAUAACAACAGUCAAGACUGGGUGACUUAGACAACACACAUUAUUUCUCACAGGUUUGGAGGCUGAGAAGUACAAAGAUCAAGUCUUCACAGUGCUAGACACUCUUUUCCUUUUGAUC